AUGGAAUAAGGAGAAGAUAAUAAUGAUUAAUAUAAGGAAAAGCUGUUUCAUCUUUUCAGUGAUACUGGUAUGCUCAAUUCUGUUAAGGCAUAGAUGAGACAUAAAAUGAUUGAAAAGUUAGUUAAAUCAUAAAAAGUCUAAUAAGUUUAGCAAAAGAUUCAUGAUGAAAAGAAUCAACAUAAGGCUUUGCUCAUGAGGCUUAUGGCAAGUAUUGUUUCUGAAUAUUUUGAUAAAAAUGAUUACAGCUAUUCAAAUAGUAUUUUUUAGCCUGAAAGUGGAUAUGCCAACAAAAUUUUAUAAAGAUUUGAGAUACUUGAUAUCAUGAAUUGUAAAAAUAUCGAUAAUCCAAAAAUUUCAAUUUUAGAAACUAUGGUUGAAACAUAUUUGAAUAAUGUCAAAAAUGUACCUAAAACUAACUGUGCCACUUAGACAGAGCACGCUGAUGCUAUUUUUAAUUUGGAAUAGCGUCUCAAUACUGUUGAUCAUAAAUAUCGUGAAAAAGUAUAAGAAAUAAACACUCCAGCCCAUGAGAUUGAAGAAAGACUCUAGAGAUUUAAGAGGGAGUUUGAAAACAGGAUUAAAGCUGAAAUGAAUGCAGAAGUUGUAAGAAUAAGAGAAUUUGAAAUGGCAGCUGUAAGAAUGGAAGAGUAGGAAAAAUAUCGUAAAUUAAUGAGUGAAUACAGGGAAGAACUCGAGAAGGGUUACAUGGAUAGACUCACUAAGCUUAGAGAAAGGGAAAAAGAUACACUAGAGAAAUGUACUAACAAAAUGAAAGAAAUUGAAUCCAUCAAUCAUGAUCAUAGAUAAAGAAUUUUAAAAGACUUCGAACUUCUUAGGAUGAGAGAAGAUGAAAUUGAUAAAUAAAGGAUUUUAAAUGAUGAAACGCUCAAAAUCCAGAAAUAAAAGCUUGAAAAUUUAGAGUAGGAACUCAAAGAAAAGAUUAAAAAAGCUGAAGAAUCUGCUUUAAUUAUCGAAAAGAAAUAUCAAAAUGAUUUAGCUUACACUAAACUGGAGGCUCAUCGCGAUUUAGAGGCUGAAAAACUAGAAAUUAUUGAAAAAAAGAGAAUCCUUGAUGAAGAUAUGUACAAGAUAAAGCAAGUGAAGGAAACAGCUGCUUAGUUGACUGAUUAGACAAAAAAGCUUACAGAAGAGAACAGAAAAUUAGUUGAUGAGUUGAAUGAACUAAGGCGUUAAAAGAAAGAAUAAGAGUUUGAAUUAGUGCAACUAAGAGAUAAUAUUAGAACUGUAAGUGAUUCAUACAAGAGAGAUCAGGAUUCAUCUAGAAACCUUGAACAGAAACUAAAAAUAAAAGACGAAGAGGUUAAUUUCUUUAAGAAUGCUCUCGAAGAACAAAAGAAACUAGUUGAUCAAUACAAGCAAAGCUAAGUUGACAAUCUUAAAAAGUUCAAUAAUGAAAUCUAAGUUUAUCAAAACUAAAUUGAAGUCUUAGAAGAAAAGAUAAAGGAGUUAAGAAAAAUUAACAAAGAAAAUGAAGAUCUUCUUGAUGAGGCUAGAAAAUAAAGAUACGAAAUGAACUAUCGCCAACCCCUUGAGUUUAAUCACUAUCAUUUAAAUGCCCCAGCAAGUUAUACAGCAGGUCCUACCUCUUUAAAACCUUAAUUCUAAAAAGAACUUGAUGAUCUUAGAGAGAAGAGAAGACAAGAAAUUCUUUAAUAUCAAAGAGAAACUGAGGUUGUUGAAAAGAAAAAUCACUCAUUUAAAUUUGAAAAUAUUUGGGAUAUAUCGAAUGCGUCUAUAGAUUUUACUCAAUUUAAGGGGCACAAGCCAAGUUAGGAUAGAGAUAGACAAAUUCUUGAAAAAGCUGAACUCACAAAAUCGUAGAUGUAUUAGGAUUUCGGCUUAGACAAAAAGGCUUUUACUGGAAUUGGUGGAACAAAUAUCAUUGAAGAGUCUUUCAGAGAGGAACUCGAUUUUGCCAAAUAUGAAGCAAAACUCAAAGAAUCCUAUGAUAAAAUUGACUAGAAUAACAGCUCUAGGCUAAGAGUUAUGAGUGAAGUAGAAAGAUCUCGCAAAGACAGUUUUAAUGUUAACAAAGGCAAAAGCGAAGAAUUACAAAACUAGAAUUUCACAAUAAAGAAAACUACAAACUAGAGUCCUACAAAGAACACCAUAGAAUAAUAAUAAUCAUAGGAAAAAAUAUAAACAAAAAGUACAUUCUCUAAACAGACUCUGAAUUAAAUAAGCGGUUUAUAAGAUAAUCCCAGCUUAGAAUAACAUUAAAAAUAUAAAAAGGAAGAUAGCCAGUCAUUAAUUUCUAAAGAUGCCAUGCUUUCAAUUCCCCAAACAUUUACUCAGUAAGCAGAAAAAAAGCAUAGUCUCAAAGACUCUCCACUUGAUACUAAAAAGCAAACUACUCUUUAACCAUUGAUUGACUUGACUAAAAAAGAUUAAAAAUCAUCCAAUUUAAAUUACUUGCCUCCACCAAUAACAUAAAAACAACCUCAAUAAUCCGAUUUUAACUAUUUGGAUGAUUUCGAUGAUCUAGAUGAUUUUUCUGACAAGAAUAAAAAAUCUAACUAACCUCAACCACUUAAAGAUGAUAAAAAAGAUUUGUGGUCUCUCCCAAAAGAUUCUGAUCUAAAUAAAAAAAGUGUUUCAAACCCCUUCUCGAAAAAGAAGGAAGACCCUUUCUCAUCUAAAAAUGAAGACAUCUAUGGAAAAAAAUUCGAUCCUUUUGGCAAAAAAGAUGAUAAAUUUGGAAGUAAGGACGAUCCUUUUUCAUCUAAAAAGAAUGAUUUCUCCCUACCUUCAACCUAGAACAAGUAAUAAAAAUUCGAACAAAAACCUGCACCAUAUAAAUAAGAUAAAUCCACAAUAGAUAACAAAGAGGAUGAUAAAACUAUUUCUGAAGAAAUUGAAGAAAUUGUUGAUUAUAAUGAGGAAAUCGUUGAAGAUCUAGAAUAUUUCUGA